AUGAGUAUGCCAAAGAGUAGUAAAAUGCUCCAAUUCAUUAAUUGGAGAAUUAGAGUUACUAUUCAAGAUGGUAGAGUGAUUGUCGGUAGAUUUCUAGCUUUCGAUAAACAUAUGAAUGUUGUGAUUUGCGAUGCAGAGGAAUUCAGACGUAUCAAGCAAAAGGGAAAGGAAGAUCGUGAGGAGAAGCGUACUCUUGGUAUGGUUUUGAUUAGAGGUGAAACCGUUGUUUCGUUGUCUGCAGAGUCACCACCUCCCGAAGAGGUCAAAGCCAAGGUUGCACCACAGGUGCCAGGCGGUCCCGGUAUAGGUCGUGCAGUCGGUCGUGGAAUGAUGAUGACAAGCGGUGGUGGUGCACCACCAGGCGCUAACAAUCCAGUCGGUCUGACUGGACCGGUGCGUGGAGUUGGCUCUGCUGCACCCGGUUCCAUGAUGCCACAGGGUGGUCCGGUCGGUCGUGGCUUCCCACCCGGAAUGAUGCCACCUCCACCUGGCGGUCCAAUGGGUCGUGGAUUCCCACCCGGUAUGAUGCCACCACCUCCACCAGGUGGUCCAAUGGGUCGUGGAUUCCCACCCGGAAUGAUGCCACCACCACCCGGCGGUGUGUUCCCACCCGGAAUGAUGCCACCACCUCCACCAGGUGCAAUGGGUCGUGGAUUCCCACCCGGAGUACCACCACCAGGAAUCAUACCAGGAAUGGGACGUGGAUUCCCACCCGGAGUACCACCACCAUUCCCACCACAUCAACAAGAAUAA